AUGUCUGAGGAGAAGGCCAAGGAGUCACCGAGUCGAGAAGGGGCAGCUGAGCAGAAAAAAAGGACAAGGCGGUGCAUAAAGAUCACUCUUACAAGGAAGCAGCUCGAGCUGCUGCUGCUGAAACAUCCACAGGGUGUUUCCUUUCAGCUCCCAGAGACUUUUGGGAGCUGCAAGCGGAAAUGGAAGCCAUCUUUGCAGACAAUAGUAGAGUGGCUUGAAGCUGAGUAG